UAUCUCCACGAUUCAUUGGUCCUCCCCAUAAUUUCUCAUUUUUCAAAUAUCUCUUAGCUUUAUUCAUUGCAUUACCAGAACCAACCACCAUUGGAAUUGAAUAAUGAGGUCCUUACUCAAUACAACACUUACAAUUCCAACCCAUUCAAAAUUACCAAAAUGCCAUCACACUCACAAUGCUUACGCUUUUCCCUCUCUAAAACUCCCAUUUCUCAAUUUUCUUGUUCCUUCAAAAUACCCAUUUCUUCAAAAACAAAGUAAAAAAAGAGUAGUAAUAAUUAAAAGUUCAAUGGAAUCAAAAACGGAUGCAAGUACAAAACCAUUUUCUGUACUCUUUGUGUGUCUUGGUAAUAUAUGUAGAAGUCCAGCUGCUGAAGGUGUUUUUACUGAUUUGGUUAAGAAAAAGGGUCUUGAUUCUAAGUUUAAGAUUGAUUCUGCUGGCACUAUUAAUUAUCAUGAGGGGAAUGAAGCUGACCCAAGAAUGAGGACUGCUGCUAGAAAGCGUGGAAUUGCGAUAACUUCAAUAUCUAGGCCGAUUAAGCCUUCUGAUUUCAGAGAUUUUGAUCUCAUUCUUGUUAUGGAUGAGCAAAACAAAGCUGAUGUAUUUAAGGCUCUGGAGAAGUGGAUCCACAAAGAGCCAUUGCCAGCUGAUGCAGCUGAAAAGGUUCGCUUGAUGUGUUCUUAUUGUAAGAAGCAUGAAGAAACUGAAGUCCCAGACCCUUACUACGGUGGCGCUAAAGGUUUUGAGAAGGUACUAGAUCUGCUUGAAGAUGCUUGUGAGUCACUGUUGGAAAGCAUUGUGGCAGAGAACAAAAUUUAGGUCCAUAGAUUUACUUUUGUCACCAGUUUUGUUACUGUCAAUUAGGCAAUUGGUUAUUCAAAGCAUAUAGCAAUGCACUAUAUACUCAUUGUUUGAGCUACCGCGACUUGUAUAGCCAGAUCCGGUCAUCUGGUCCAUGGUUGCUCUGAUGUGUUUAUUGUUUACCUGGAAAGUUAAGCAAAGAUCUCUACAAAUAUAAGAUUUUAAAGGCGAAUCAUCGACCUUCUCGACA